AUGAGUUCAGAGAAGAAGCAAAUAUUUCGCAUUACCGUUUCACUGCCUGAUGUCAAGAAGCUGAAAAUUAUCAAGGAAAAAUUACCUUCAAAGGCUUUGGAAAAGUUUGCUGACAGUUAUGGGGAUAUCUUGGAUUUACUAAGGGUUAAGGUUCAAGAAGAAGCUAUCACCGCUUUGGUACAAUUUUAUGACAUUCCGCUUAGGUGUUUUACUUUUCAGGAUUUUCAGUUGGCUCUCACUUUGGAAGAAGUUGAUAGGAUACUGGAAUUCUCUAUGAUAAAAAAGGAAACUUACACUGGAAUUGGGAAAAAAGUCAAAGUUGUUGAUCUGGAUAGAGCUUUAGGGAUACCCAUCACCGAUCUGAUUCUUCAUUAUAAAGUUGAGGGUGAGGUCCAAGGUAUCAAAAGAUCUUUCUUAGAAGCCCAAGCUAUGUCCUAUGCUCAAAAAAAGCAAUGGGAGAUAACUGGAAAUAUUUUGGCCCUUUUGAUGUUUGGAGUGGUCUUGCUCCCUAAAAAUGUUAACCAUGUGGACCCUGCUGCCAUUCAUGUAUUCUACUUUGUGAAGGUUUUUGGAAAAGAUACCACCCUUACAAUAUUGGCUAACAUUUAUUACACUUUGCAUACUUGUUGUGAGAAGAAGAAAGGAGUGUUAUUUUUCUUUGUUCAGGUAUUAUUCACUUGGUUGAUGUCUCACUUACAUAAGGCAAGCUACCUAGUUAAGGAUUUAACUAGACAUGAGUGGGCACAAAAGUUGAGGGCUCUAAAUGCUGAUUCUAUUGUGUGGUAUUCAAGAAAUCUCAAUUAUGAAAAGAUUGUCUAUAGGUUUGGGGAGUAUCACAAUGUUCCUCUAAUUGGGAUAAAUGGUUGUAUUAAUUAUAACUCUAUGCUAGCUCUACGACAAUUGGGGCACCCCAUGAAUGAUAAGCCCUCUGAAGAACAAAUUAGAGAAUUAAUUUUGCAUGAUAUGGGGAAAGGAGAGCCAAUAGAGUUGAAAAAGGUAAUCCAUGCUUGGAAUCAUGUGCUAAGAAAGGACUUUGGGCCAAAGAAUGUCAUUGCAAGAGAGCCUUGUGUUAGGUGGGUUCUAGAAAGAGUUGAGAAAAAUCCUCUCCCGUUUGUGGCAGAUCCUACUUACAAGCCUGAUACUCCUGAUCAAGGUCUCCUAUCUGUAGAAGAGAUAGAGGGACAUAAGGUGGCCCUAGAGGCCCCCAAAGAGAGAAGGAGGGGUUAG